AUGAAGUUCUUUACUGUCGCUACUGUUUGUCUUCUUGCCGGCCUUGCUCAAGGCGCUGCUUUGAGCGAGAAGGUCCNNUUGAUCAUGGCCAACACCUCCUUGGUCUUGGGCUGGCAGGUCGCCGGCUCCCAGCAGAGUCUGGCCCCUGUUGAUCAGGGUUGCCAGAACAUCUCCUUCUUCGGUCAUGGUCAUUGGGCUGCCCUUGGUCUUAAGCCCGCCGCCAUUGAGCAGGCUUUCUGCGUUGCUACUGCCAGAGUGUCCAACUCCUCUGCCCUUUCACUUUCUCAGAUCAAGCUUGCUAGCACCGACAUCUUCAUUGCCCAGCUUCUUCAUGCCUUUGGUGACAACCCCGAGCCCAGCUACGAGUGGUUGUGCGAGAACUUCAACUACACCGCCAUCAACGACGAGCUAGCUCUGAGCUCUGGUCGUGUUGGUCAGGCCUUCUGCGCCAACCGUCCUUACCCUACUGCCUGGGUCGACCCUUCGCACGAUGUUCUUGUUGUUGCCGACUCUCUCAUCUACAACAUGGCGUCCGCUCUCUUUGCUACACUGUACAGCUUCAGUGCCUCUACUGUCACCGGCCGUUGGGUCAUGUGCGAGCAGUACCAGUACAUGUCUCAAGCUCAGCUUCAGGAGGGCAUCAACUCGACCAUCGUCCGUAGUGCCCUAUGCCUCGACCACGAUGAGCCACUCAUGACUCUUGACUACUCUCGCAACGUUAUGACAAUCCUUUCCACCGAGAUCUUUGUUCGCCAGCUCUCGCUCGCUGUCAAUGCCAUCGAUAACGAGGAAAAGCAGGCUUGGCUGUGUGAGAACAUGCAGCACGGCGAUCUCGGUCUUCUGGGCAUGACUUCCAACAACACCUUGUUCUGCUAG